AUGUACUUUCUGGAGGCCCGUGUUGAUGAGGAGCUGCAGUCUAUCUUCGGUGACUCAGAGCGUCCAGUGACCAUGGAUGACCUGCGUGAGAUGAAGUACACAGAAAACUGCAUCAAAGAGGCUCUCAGACUCUUCCCUUCUGUGCCUUUCCUGGCCAGAGACCUCAAAGAGGAGGUUGUCAUUGAUAAUUAUCGCAUCCCAGCUGGCACCACUGUGAUGGUGGUGACUUACUGUCUUCACCGUGACCCAGCACAGUUUCCCAACCCGGAAGUCUUUGACCCAGAUCGCUUUUUACUGGAGAAUGUCAGCCAGCGACACCCCUACGCUUACAUUCCUUUCAGCGCUGGACCCAGGAACUGUAUCGGUCAGAAGUUUGCACUUAUGGAGGAGAAGAUCCUGCUGAGCAACAUCCUGCGUAAGUUCCGUGUAGAAAGCGUCACCCGCCGAGAGGACUUACGCAUUCUCGGAGAGCUCAUUCUCAGGCCUGAAAAUGGUAACACUUUGAAACUUACUCCCAGAGCAUAAGUGUCGAGAAGGUACUUUAGACGACUUAAAUAGUUUGUAAAGAAUUUUGUAUUUUAAAGGAAUGCUUAUGCAAUAAAAAUAAAUAUAGUUAUAAGAACAUGGAAAAGGAGGAACACUACAGCAGGCCCGUUGACCCAUACUGGGCACGUCCUUCACAAAUCCAUCACACUAACAGAAUAUUCCUACACAUUUUCAAUGCUACCCAGGCAAUAAGCUCUGAUAAAUUUAUUUACUCAUAUGCAAGUCCUACUCAAAUCCAACCCCUCUCACUCGUAUAUUUGUCCAACCUAAAUUUGAAAAUACACAACUAGGCAGACCGUUCCACUCAUCACCUACCCCAUUUCCAAACCAAUACUUUCUUAUAUUUUUUCUGAAUCUAAACUUACCUAAUUUGAAUCUAUUAUUGCGGGUUCUCUAUUGGAAAAAUAUCCUCAAAACCUUAUUUACAUCCCGUUUGUUAAAACUCAUCUUCUACAUAUACACUUCAAUCGUGUCUCCCCUCAUUCUUCGUUUUACAAGUGAAUGUAAUUUAAGGGACUUCAAUCUUUCCUCAUACAGAAGAUUUCUAAUGCUAUGUAUUAAUUUUGUCAUUCUUACCUUUUUCUAACAAAUUUAUGUCCAUUCUGUAAUACGGAGACCGGAACUGAGCUGAGUAAUCUAGGUGAGGCCUUACUAAUGAUGUAUAAAGCUGUAGUAUAACCGCUGGAACUCUGUUGCUUGCACUUCUUGAUAUAAAUCCCAGUAAUCUGUUCGCUUAGGCAUUGCUGUCUUGGUUUAAGGUUGCGUCUUACCAUAACCUCCUCAAGUCCUUUUCGCAUUCUCUAUGGCUAAGUUCUUCAUUAUGUAGCUUAUAAAUUUUAGGGUUAUGAACAUUCCCAAGCCUCAAAACCUUGCAUUUAUCUACAUAGAACUGCAUCUGCCACUAUUCUGAACACUAAGUUUGUCUAAAUCCUCCUGAAGUUCCGUGACAUCUACAUCUGAAUCUUUUAUCCUACCAUCGAGUCAUCAGCGAAUUUGCUAAUAUCAUUAGGAAUUCUCUCGUCAAGGUUAUUGAUAUAUAUUAUAAGCAACAUUGGACCUAAAAUUGAUCCCUGUGGAACGCCACUUGUUACAGAUCCCGCUCCGAUUUUUCUCCAUUUAUAUACACACGCUACUUCCUGUUGGUGAGGCAUGUCUAUCCAUGACAGCACUUCUUCCCCCAUUGCCGUGAGCUGCCACUUUCUUUAUCAGUCUCUAGUGCGGUACUCUUUCAAAGGCCUUACUAAAAUCCAAAUAAACAAUCAAAUUCUUUAUCGUGAUCAACAGCCUCAAAAGCUUUACUGAAAAAAGUUAGUAAAUUAGUUAGUUAGGCAGGAACGGCCAUUCGUGAAUCCAUGCUGAGUAUCAUUAACCCAGUUAUGCUUAUCAAGAUGAUUUCUUAUAUCAGGUGUAACUGACUAGUAAUUUACCAAGAAUUAAGGUCAGGCAUAUUGGCCGGUACUAUAACGGUAACGACUUGUCCCGUGAUUUAAAAGUAAGAAUUACAUUGGCUAUCUUCCACAUAUCAGAAACUACACAUGUUCUAAGAGAUAUGUUAUAAAUGUUUGUCAAUGGUUCACACAGUUCCAAUUUGCACUCCAUAAGAACCCUUGAAAAAAAUUAU